GUUUGCGCGCUCUGAUGACGGAGAUUGGUUUUAAUAAAGAAGCUGGUGUAGUUGAUAAAACCAAUAGAGCUUUCAGUCGAUAACGAGUCUUUGAGUAACGUUCAUCGACCAAAAAUAUUUGUAUUCGAAAUUUAUUUUUCUUAAAUUUUGUUUUUUAGUUUUUUAAGUUUUGUUCGAAUAAAGAGAAAAAGGGAUAAACUAAAAACAAGAAGCAGAAGAAGAACAAGACGAAGAAGAAGAAGAAGAGGAAGAAGAAGAAGAAAGAGAAAAAUUCAUUUUUUCCAUUCGUUCGUAAUUCUAAAGAAAAAAAUUUCUAUUUCAUCGAUUUACUGUGACAAAGUGAUUCUUGAACGAGAAGAAAUCAUUUUCCAGACGUAAGAAGAAGAAGAAGAAGAAGAAGAAAAAGAAGAAAAAAGAGAGAAAUUUUUAUUACUACGAUGACAGAUAUCGAUAUUAAAUGAGAAGUGUCAGAUAGUAUUAAUACGUGAUUAUCAAAGUUCGAGUUUGAAUAUGUACUAAAAUUAGAAAUAAUUUUGAUGUAUUUUUUUUUUUAAUUCAAAAAAUAAUUUUUCCUUUUUUCGACCAACGAAACUCUCUAUUAUUGACAUAUACAUAUUCGUUUUUAUGGAUUCGUUGUAAUCUUCAUUGAAUUUUCAAAUUUUUAAUGAUCGUGACGCAAAUGCCAACUAUAAAAAUAAAGAUAUCUAUAUCGGUCGAUCGAUGAGAAGAAAAAAAAGAAGAAAUUAAUAUUAUAUAUUUUUUUGUCAGUAAAUUCCAGUAAAUUGUUUCAUUCGAUUGCAGAAGAUAACGAUAAAGUAGAGACAAUUUUUUUUGUUUUCAACGGAAAACGAAGAGGAUAUUUGACAUAUCAUGAACGGAAAUGGUUUAUCGAUGGAUAUUAAGAUGGAAUGGAGAAACGAUGAAGAAAUGAAGAAAUGCGAAAGAAGAGGUGUGAUUUAUCAGAUAUUAAUGAGUUUUAGUGCAAAUAUUGCUGUACUUGGACCAGCUAUGGGAUUUGGUUACAGUGCAGUAGUACUUGGGCCACUGAUGUCUUCGUCCAGUGACGUGAAGAUCGAUUUUAAUCAAGCGAACUGGAUCGCUACCGCAUCUGCUUUGGGUAUACCGGUCGGUUGCGUUCUAUCGAGUUUUUUUAUGAGACACGGCAGAAAGUUAACUUUAUUUAUCGUUUCGAUAGUCUCUUUCAUCGGUUGGAUAAUAAUCUAUAUGUCUAACACCUACGAACAGAUAUUGAUAGGUAGAGUAAUCUCUGGGAUCAGUACAGGCCUAGCUUCUGUUUCAACGACUGUUUAUUCUGGUGAAAUUGCUAACGUCAAAUGGCGAGGUGUUAUGAUAACUUGGACUGGAAUCUUCAUUGCUUUGGGCAUUUUGAUCGUUUAUGUUUUUGGCUAUAUAUUAAAGGAUGAUUGGCGAUUAAUAGCUCUGAUGUGUGCUCUCUUUCCUAUUAUAUCGAUUGCACUAAUCCUGUUAGUACUACCAGAGUCUCCUAUAUGGUUACGAGAACGUGGUCGUUUGGACGAAGCGUUGGAGAUAUUAAAAAAAUUUCGUGGUAUAUCAAAGGAUGAUCCAGUAACCAUGGAUAUUCUUUUAGAACUGAAACCAAGGAAUCAACAAGGAAAUAAUAAGAAGAACGUAUUGAAACAUGUAUUUAAGAGGAACGCUCUUAUACCAUUUAUAAUAAUCUUGAUGUACUUUUUAUUCCAACAAUUUUCUGGGAUAUUCGUGACGAUCUAUUACGCGAUAGAUAUAGUUCGAAGUGCUGGUGUUACUUUAGAUCCUUAUAUAGGAGCAGUUUUUAUAGGAGGAACACGAUUGCUCGGUAGUUUCUUGAUCACAAUAUUUUCUUCAAAAUAUGGCCGAAGAAUUCCUUCGAUCAUUUCUGGAAGUGGUAUGACCUUCUUCAUGGCAUCACUCUCGAUUUAUCUGUUCAUCAUCGAUAAAGGAUAUGUCAUAAAUGAUAACGGUAUCAUACCAGCUAUCUGCAUUUUAAUGUAUAUCUUUUUAAGCACCUUAGGAUUUUUAUCGAUUCCUUUCGCUAUGAUCGGUGAGAUUUAUCCUAGCAAAGUGAAAGAUCUACUUUCUGGACUUACUACUUGCAUCAGUUACAUAUUCAGUUCGAUAACGGUGAAAAUUUAUCCGGAUAUGUUGUCAUAUAUGGGGAAACAUGGUGUUUUCUUUUUUUAUGCGAUCGUCUCCCUAGCUGGGACAAUUUUUGUUCUAUUAUUUUUACCAGAGACCAAAGGGAAAUCUUUGAACGAGAUCGAGGAUAUGUUUGGAAAGAAAAAAAGUGAAAAUAUUUCGAAAAUAAAUGAUACAGUCGUAAUACUCUCCAACGAUAUUGAAAAUAUAUCGUUAAAAAAUGGAAACACAAAUAAGAUUUAGAUCUCAAUCGGAGGAAUUUAUGAAGAGAGUCUCAUGUUUCAUAUCCUAAUCCAAGUUUUCUGUCAUACAUAUAUUCCUGGCUGAUUAGAUGGAAGCCUUUAAUUUAAUUUAAUUUUCUUUCUAAUGAUUCGCCUCUUGUGUUUAAACGACAACGUCGAAGUAUUAUAAAAGAAACCUUUCUAAUUGUCAAAAAAGAAAAUAUUCAUAUGCGAUUGAUUGAGACAUUAUAUUAAGUAAAUAAUAAUCUAUUACUUAGAUGAUAAGAUAGUAAAUAUAUGUGUAUAUAUAUGUAUAUAUAUAGACAUAAGAAAUCAAGUAUUUUUAACUUAGCGAAACAUUUUUAUAACUUGUAGAGCUAAUUUUUUGCAAUUGAUUUGAUAUCAUAGUUAAUUAAUCGUCAAUCAAAGAAGAAAAUAUUUACGAAGGAAGUUGUUUGAACAAACUCACGUUAUAUAGAUAGGCACACCUUAGACGGAACGACAAAUACGGUAUAAGUUUCUGAUAAAGAAGACGAAUGUACUUUAAAGAUAAGAUCUUUUUUUGUAAUUAUCUAAACCUUUGAUAAAAUUGUUUGCUUACGUUUCAAGAAUAUUUAUACGAUUGUAUAGAGUGCGAGAUAAAGCUUUUCUAUAUUUU